UAAGAUUCCCAACCAAAGGGAAUUACAUGAACAUCUCUCUGAUUGAUUGUUGGGGUCACAACAUGACAACCUCUCAUGCAUUUGGAGGUAAGAUCAUGUCCAUAACAUCUGGCUCUGAUUUCAGCUGUGGCCUAUUUGUUGAGAACAGGAAUGCUUUUUGUUGGGGGUGAUGAAACUAUGGGUGGGGUUUUGAGCUUGAUUCCUAGUCAUGGAAGGUUUCAGAUGAUUUCAGCUAAUGGAAUUGCCGGACUUGCUUCAUCUUCAAAUCAGCUGGACAUGGAACAUUUUGGAGAUGUUGGUUCCUUAGAUGAUAAUGUGGAAUUGUUCCUGUCACAUGAUGAUGGAGAUGCAAGGGACAUAUUUGGUACAUUUAAAAGAAGUCCAACAGAGCACAAUACCGAGUCUUUAAAGGGUAAUUGAUUUUCUUUUAUGUCAUUUUUGGAAAGACACUGCAAUUAUCUAAAGCCAUUGUAAAUUGGGGUGCAGCUUGGUCAG